AUGGUUGCGGUGGCGUUUAGGGUUUCUCUCUCUUCUUCUCCUGCAUUUCCUUUUUCUGCCAUAAUCGCCGAAGCAAGCGGAAUCCAAUUCGUCGCGGUCACUCCUUCGAACAACUCCGUUUCAGAUCUGAAUCGCCGCCGUUUCGGAGAUCCACAGUGCCUGCAUUCUCCGUUCAAUUCUCGCACCUUUCAUGUUCUUCCCGUGAGCCUCGCCCGCCACGCGAGUGGCCAGAUGCCGCAGGGCAAUGCUGCCGCCGCUGCCGCUCUUCUAGACCACGGCGGCGAUGCCGGAGACGCAGUCAUGGCGCGGUGGCUCCAGUCCGCCGGCUUGCAGCAUCUCGCUUCUCCCCUAGCUUCCACCGCCAUCGAUCAUCGCCUCCUCCCCAACCUGCUCAUGCAGGGUUAUGGAGCACAGUCUGCUGAGGAGAAGCAGAGGCUUUUGAAGUUAAUGAGAAACCUCAAUUUUAAUGGGGAAUCUGGUUCAGAGCCAUAUACGCCCACCGCCCAAUCGUUAGGUGGAGUGGCUGGGUCUGAUGGGUUUUAUUCUCCUGAGUUCCGUGGGGAUUUUGGAGCCGGGCUUUUGGAUCUUCAUGCUAUGGAUGAUACAGAGCUUUUACCUGGGCAUGUAGUUUCAGAACCUUUCGAGCCAUCACCCUUCAUGCCUGGACAUGCCAGAGUAUUUGAAGACGAUUUUAAUCCAACUAACAGCAAGCUGGAAAGCGUGGAAUCAGAUGCUGAUGCAUCAAUUUCUGUACCAAUGAAUGAAAAAGAGUAUAGCACAAGGGAAAGUAAUGUUGCUAAAAUUAGAGUUGUGGUACGCAAAAGACCUUUAAACAAGAAGGAGCUUGCCAAGAAGGAGGAUGAUAUUGUAACUGUAUCUGAGAAUGCAUAUUUGACAGUCCAUGAACCCAAACUAAAGGUUGAUUUGACAGCUUAUGUGGAGAAGCACGAGUUUUGUUUUGAUGCUGUGCUUGAUGAGCAGGUUACCAAUGAUGAAGUUUACCAAACUACAGUUGAACCAAUUAUUCCUACAAUUUUUGAGCGAACCAAAGCUACCUGUUUUGCUUAUGGUCAGACAGGAAGUGGCAAAACAUACACAAUGCAACCUUUACCACUCAGAGCUGCAGAAGAUCUUGUUCGACAGUUGCAUCAGUCAGUUUACCGGAAUCAGAGAUUUAAAUUGUGGCUUAGCUAUUUUGAGAUAUAUGGUGGAAAACUUUAUGAUCUUCUUAGUGACAGAAAGAAACUUUGCAUGAGGGAAGAUGGACGACAACAAGUUUGCAUUGUAGGACUGCAAGAAUUUGAAGUUUCUGAUGUACAAAUUGUCAAAGAAUUCAUUGAAAGGGGAAAUGCUGCUAGAAGUACAGGAUCCACUGGUGCUAAUGAAGAGUCCUCCAGGUCACAUGCUAUCUUACAACUGGUUGUAAAGAAACACACUGAAGUGAAACAGAGCAAGCGAAACAAUGAUGGGAAUGAGGCAAGAAGUGGGAAGGUUGUUGGGAAAAUUUCUUUUAUUGAUCUUGCUGGAAGUGAACGAGGUGCUGACACUACGGAUAAUGAUCGUCAGACUCGGAUUGAAGGAGCGGAAAUCAAUAAGAGCCUUUUGGCUUUGAAGGAGUGCAUCCGUGCUUUAGACAAUGACCAGAUCCAUAUUCCAUUUCGGGGAAGUAAACUUACAGAAGUCCUUCGUGACUCCUUUGUGGGUAAUUCAAAGACUGUAAUGAUCUCUUGUAUAUCUCCAGGUGCUGGGUCUUGUGAACACACACUUAAUACCUUGAGAUAUGCUGAUCGAGUUAAAAGUCUGUCCAAAAGUGGGAAUUCUAGAAAAGACCAGGUCCCAAAUCCUACACCACAAACUAAUAAGGAGAUUUCAUCUACAUCAUCCAUUCCAGCUAGUGUUGGUGCAGAGGAUUUUAACAAUCAGCGUCAAGAGAAAACAAUGGAUGUAGGCAGGAAAUUUGUUGAAAAGGAAAAUUCUUUUUACAGCUCUUCUGCUACUGUUGACAAACAGCCAUUAAGUUUUUCUUCAAAUUACCUAUCAAAUGGGCGGCGAGAGGAAAAAGGCUUACCUUCUGCUUCAUUGGACCGGGAGAGGUUUGAACUGAAGAACUCAUGUGGUGACUCUAUCGGUCAAAAGAUGAACUCUUACUCACAAAUUGAUACAGGUGAGAAAUUUCAAAAAGUGUCUCCCCCACGAAGAAAAGGGUCUAAGGAUGAAAAAUCUGAAAGGUCUGCAAACUUGAUGAAAAGGGAUUCCAUUGGUUCUGAUCCCUUCACUACAAGCUCCAAGCAGCAUAGCACGGGGAAUUAUAGCCCUGUGUCUAAGGAUGAAAAGUUUGAUAGGCCUUCAAACUGGAUGAAAAGGGAUUCCAAUGGUUCUGAUCUGUUCACUACAACCUCCAAACAGCAGAGCACAGGGAAUUAUGUUUCUAAGGAUGAAAAAUCUGAAAAGCCAGCAAACUGGAUGAGAAGGGAUGCCAGCACCUCUGAUUCCUUCUCUACAGGCUCCAAGCAGCAGAUCACGGGGCACUUUAACAAUAUUACCACUGAAUCCAGGCCUUUUGAAGCAGAAACCUUGCCUAACGGGAAUAUCAAUGCAGUACUUGAGGAGGAAGAAGCACUAAUUGCUGCUCAUAGGAAGGAAAUUGAGGAUACAAUGGAGAUUGUUCGUGAAGAAAUGAAACUCCUGGCGGAAGUGGACCAACCGGGAAGCCUUAUUGACAACUAUGUAACCCAAUUGAGUUUUGUGCUAUCUCGCAAAGCAGCGAGUCUGGUGGGUCUUCAAGCUCGUCUUGCAAGAUUCCAGCAUCGACUAAAAGAGCAGGAGAUUCUAAGUAGAAAAAGAGUUCCCCGUCAGUAA